AGGACCUGACUUGAGUAAACUUGUUCAUUAUAACAACCACAAUGCACAGCACAGUCAUUCACCACUCUUCUCUCUCUCUCUUCAUUGACAAGUUUCUAUCUCUAUAAAACCACACAUACCCACUUCACUACCUCAUCAUAAGGUGCCUCUACCACCGUACUAGCUAGAGAGAAUUGAAUUGAAGUAGUAACAACUACUACCAACAAUGGUGUCUGAGUCAGAGAAUAACAAGUGUAGUGAUGAUCAUGUGCUGACAAAGCUCUCUUUCUUAAUCUCACGCCCGACCAUGCCGCCGGAAACUCUCAUGUCGCCGCCGCAGAACACGAUCUCGGUUCCCUUCAAGUGGGAGGAAGCACCGGGGAAGCCUAGGCAUUGCCACACCGAAUCGGAUCCCGAGGACAGUACUACUGCCGUUAAAAAAACCUUGGAGCUGCCUCCCAGGUUGUUGUUUCUGUUGGACAGUACCAACAAGGUUUCCGACGUGGACGGGCCUUCUCCUACGACCGUGCUUGAUGGGCCUUACGUGGGCCGGGCCAUGUCCUUCACCACCUCCUAUAGGACUCCCAGGGCUAACUGGAAUUCCAAUUUUGGCUCCUCCAGGUGGAGCGGUUACAAGAAGUUUACCACCGAGGAUGCUGAGGGCAGUUUUGACUUUUCAUCCCACUCCUGCUCUUCUAUGCCUAACGUGAAGAUCACAAGGGUUCCAAGACGAGGAAGCUUCUGGGUUCUGUCUAAGCAAAGGUCACAUAUGUGGGCAAGCAUUUAUGAAAGCCUUAAGCAAGUGGUCCCAUGGAGACGCAAGCAACAGACACAGAAAAAAUUUGCUUCCAAAUUUGACACUGUUUAGAUUUUUACUCUUGUCAAAUGGAGUUAUUUAAAAAAUUAUAUCUUGUAGCAAGAAAAUAGCAUUUAGUAUAGAAAUAAAAAGUUAUUUUACACGUC